GGCUGAGUUGAAUGGAAGCUUCCUGUUCAUCGCUAUUGAGAGCUCCAUAGUCUAUUCUAUACAUAGCCAAAGGAAUUGUAAGCCAGGAAUCCAAUAUACAGUUAGGAGUGUAUUUAGUGAAAACAUGUCCCAGUCAUCCAUUUCUCCUGAUUUCAUGAGCUCCCCAAAUUUGGAAGCUAAUGAUCAUGUCUAUAAAAAUACAAUCACCCAACUUCUUCAUGCUCAAACCUCUGUUCUCCAUCACCCCUUCCUGUUUCCGGGGAAAAUCCUCGAUACCUCUCAUUGAAUCUUAUCCCCGAACAACAGAAACAUUCGCGAUCGGCCCCUUAAGAAAGACAGCAGAUAGGAAGAAGAAGUAGUCAUUUUGUUUUUAUAGUUUCUAGGCCAAAACAUGAAAGUAGGCAAGCUUGUUGCAGCGGGCAUCUCGAUUCUCUUGGUGGUCGGGGUGUGCAUCGGAGUGAUCGUGGGUGUGGCUCACAAGAACAACUCCGGCGAUGGUAAGGGAAUCUCCUCGACUUCCAAGUCGGUUGCUGCAAUCUGCGACCCAACGGACUACAAGGAGGCCUGCAUCAACAGCCUCAGCGUGGCAGCCAAGAACGGGACUACGGACCCCAAGGAACUCAUUGUGGCGGCCUUCGGGUCGGCCCUCAAGGAGGUCCAGGCAUCGCUGAGUAAGUCGGGAACGAUCGGCGAGGGAGCCAAGGCUCCCCAGCAGAAGAUGGCCUUUGACGACUGCAAGGAAUUGUUGCAGUACGCGAUUGAUGAGCUCCAGGCCUCGUACUCCAUGGUCGGAGACAGCAGCCUCCACACGAUGAAUGAUCGUGUCUCCGAGCUUCAGAACUGGCUCAGUGCUGUGAUCUCAUACCAGCAGACCUGUGUCGACGGGGUCACCCAGCAGGACUUGAAGAACCAGAUACAAACCGGGCUACUGAAUGCCACUCAGCUCACAAGCAAUGCCUUGGCGAUUGUCUCGGCGAUCUCAGGGAUCCUGACCACUUUCAACAUCCCUGCUGCCAACAACAGCGCGAGCUCCCGGAAGCUUCUGGAAGAGACGGAGGAAGAUAGGGAUGGGUAUCCUUCGUGGUUCUCCGUAGCUGACAGGAGGCUGAUGGCUGCUCAGGCAAAGGGCCAAGUGACGCCCAAUGCAAUCGUGGCGAAGGAUGGGAGCGGGAAAUACAACACCAUUGCUGCCGCUCUCGCUUCCGUUCCUAAGAAAAAUAAGGGAAGGUAUGUGAUUUACGUGAAGGCCGGGGUUUACAAUGAGUACCUGACCGUUACAAAGGAUCAGACAAACGUGUUUAUGUAUGGAGACGGGCCAAGGAAAUCGGUGAUAACCGGGAAGAAAAGUUUCACCGACGGUAUAACCACCUACAAGACCGCCUCUUUCUCAACGAUGGGAUAUGGGUUUAUAGCCAAGGCAAUGGGUUUCCAGAACACUGCAGGUCCACAGGGCCACCAGGCAGUGGCAGUCAGAGUCCAAGCGGAUAUGGCGGCCUUCUUCAAUUGUAGGAUGGACGGGUACCAGGACACCCUAUAUGUUCAGACCCACCGCCAGUUCUACCGUAACUGUGUCAUUUCCGGGACCAUCGACUUCAUCUUCGGCGAUGCCUCUGCGGUGAUACAAAACUCCUUGAUCAUUGUCAGGAAGCCCAUGGACAAGCAGCAGAACACUGUCACGGCCCAAGGAAGGAUCGACAAGCACGAGACCACAGGUCUAGUGAUCCAUAACUGCAGGAUCGUGCCGGAUCAGCAACUCUACCCUGUGAGACUCCAGGUCCAGACGUACUUGGGCCGACCUUGGAAGGGAUACUCACGAACUGUGAUCAUGGAAUCGACCCUUGGGGACCUGAUCCAGCCUGCUGGGUGGAUGCCCUGGUCUGGGAACUUCGCCCUUGACACGCUCUACUAUGCUGAGUACGCGAACCGAGGACCCGGGGCAAACACUGCCAACAGGGUCAAGUGGAAGGGUUUCAAGGUAAUCAACCGAAAUGAGGCCCUCCAAUUCACAGCAGGACCAUUUCUGCAAGGGAACCAGUGGUUGAAGGCAACCGGCGUGCCCUACUUGCUGAGCCUGAGAGCAUGAUCAGCUGCAUCUUUAGGUUCAAUGAAAUUGGUCCGAGAAACGAACUCAUGUAGUUAUUUUUUCUUGUUUAUUUCAACGGAAAAGCUGUUGUAUAGAUGAUUAUGAGGAUGUGUGUCAGGUCCGGAAUAGCCAACCUAUCUUCACAUUUGUAGUCAUUUUGUGAGUAAACGAAUAGACACGGGGUAAUCAGGAAACUUCUUUCAAGCAAUGUGUAUGCUUUGCGUCAAUACAAAUUUUUUUGCUCU